AUGAGCAGCAGUAGCAGCACAACAACAACAGAAGCAUGGGUGCUGGACUUGCUGCCUGAGUUCAGAUUCCGCCCCUCUGAUGAGAAAAUGGUGAACCUUUUGUGGAAGAAGAUAAAUGGCAAGGACUACCAAGUCAUGCCUGAAAUCAAUUACAAGCCUUGGGAUUUACCUGAUAAUGAAUCUAUCCCACUUUUUCUUCGCUUCUUGAAGCAGCUGAUGCAGGGCAAGGCCUCCAUCAUUCCUGAAAUCGAUUUCUACAAGCACGAGCCUUGGGAUUUAGCUGGAGCAGGACUCAUGUUCCCAGAUUCUCCAUAUCAAGCUAGGACGUGGUUCUGCUUCAGCCGACCUGAUUACAAAUACCUCGACAGUCCUCGCCGCAACAGGCUCACAGAGAAGGGCUUCUGGAAAAUCACAGGCCAGCCACGAGAAGUGAAGUCUCGACAACUCUCCAAAUCGCUCACUUGCAAAAAGAAGACCUUGACCUUCCAUUUAGGUCGUCCGAAAAAGUCGAGCAAGACCGACUGGGUCAAGCAGGAGUAUUAUCUCACUCCAACUGACCCGGGUUCUAACCCCAAUCAGAUGAGUGGCCUUGUUCUUUACCGGGUCAAGUAUAGGUCAGCUGACUAUGAGUCUGAUAAUAACUGUGUGCUUGGAACUGGCAAUCUUAAUUAUGGUGAACCUGGUGGCUUUGUUUCAUCUGAUUUUGAUGAUAUGAUUCAAGAGCCAUGUGAUCAGCAAGAACAUCUGGAUUCACCUUCUCCUCCUCCUGAGCCGCCUCGGCCACACCAGCUACCUCAGUUGGGAAAUGUUCAUGGUAGUACUGGUGACUACUUUGCUUCUAAUUCUGAUAACCAAGCUGCUGCUAUCCAUCAUAUUAUUACAGACGAAGAAGAACUUCUGGCCUACAAAGAGCUAGAACGUGUUCUUCUUGGCAGUGGCAAUCCUGAUGAUGGUGAACUUCGUACCUGUGUUUCAUCUGAUAUGCUUAGAGAGUUAUGUGCUCAGCUAGGAGAAGAUCUGGAUUCACCCUUUCCUCCUCCUGGGCCACCUGAGCUGGGAAAUGCUCCUGAUGUCUGUACUGAUGAAUGCAGUAGCUGGCCAACCCCAAUUGAGGAUAAUGAUUCUUCUCUUCCAAACAAGAAUAAUAUUCCAACCAAUUAUUACAGCAAACCAGUUAGCAACACAGCCUCUGACUUCGAGAAUCAAACUAAAGAUGAAAGGAUUCCUGAGGUUUGUUCUCAAUCCGAAGAAAAUCUGCAAUCGUUCUUUCGUUCACUUGAGGAAGAGGAUUACACAUUGCCUUCCCCAAUAUUAUACGUGGAACAGGGAGAUGUUCUGCAUGCCAAUAACUAUAUUGGAUGCAAUGAGUCGCAAUAUGCGGCUCUUUUCCCACAUAGUUCUUGA